CGUAUAACAGUAACACUAACAACACUGCACAGUGAUGAUCAUCCUGUCAAUGCAACGACGGAUCGGAGCUAGUACAGUAGAAAGAAUCUGGCCGGAUUGCCGAAUUGACGUCCUGACUUCUUACUCCCUGGCCUAAGGAAUCUAACAUUAUACUUUUACAAACAAGAAACGGCACAAGCUUAAAGCCAAUCAACAAACUAACAAUGGUGGACCGUGUGCCAAUCAUUGAUUUUUCGGCAUACAGCUUGGAUCGUGAGAAUCCUGUCCCAGAAGAAUUUCCGAAGCUUGUAGACGAUGUUCACAAUGCCCUUACGACCAUCGGUUUCAUGUACCUCAAGAACUGUGGAAUUCCAGUUCAAACGAUCGAAGAUGCAUUUCACUACUCAAAGAAGUUCUUUUCACUGCCCACGGAGACAAAAAUGAAAUAUGUUCGGCCACAGAAUACAAACCAUGGAUAUGUCCAAUUGGAACGAGAAGGGUUGAAUCCAGACAGACCUUUCAAUGAUUUAAAGGAAGCAUUUAACUGCACUACAGCAUCAGAACAUAGGCCUUACCCAGAUGAGGAGUUGCCUGAAUUCCGAACAUCGCUGUCAGGUCUGUUUGAAGUUUUGGUCCCACUUCAUAACAGGAUUCUAGAAGUCAUGGCUCGAGGACUCCAAUUGGAGGAUCCGCAGUUCUUUGUUGAAAGACACAAGUUCAUUGGAACCUUGAAGAGCAAUUCUACACUCCGUACACUGUACUACCCAUCGCUGGAUAAUGUAGAGGUGAAAGAGGACCAGGUCCGAUGUGGGGAACAUUCAGAUUAUGGUGGGAUAACCCUGCUGUUCCAGGACCCCCAGCCUGGCCUAGAGGUAAGAAACCUUGAGGAUAAAUGGAUCCCUGCAAAACCCAUUGAAGGUACGGUCGUUGUUAACAUUGGUGAUCUCAUGCAAAGAUGGACUUCUGACAAACUAAUUGCUUCGAAACAUCGAGUCAUGAUUCCCCUUGAUCAGAUCAAGAGACAGCAGGUUCGUCAGUCUAUGGCAUUCUUCGGCCAUCCUGACAACGAUGCCGUCAUCGAGUGCAUCAACAAUUCCAACAAGUACCCACCGACCACAGGUUUGAAAUAUCUUGAUAUGAGAUUUGCUGCAACCUAUUCGGGUGUUACCAAACUCACCGCUUACUGAAAGAAUAGCAAGUAUAUAUUGUGUCGGGGUUAAAUCCAUUCAAAAUCAAGUACAUAGACACCGUUCUCACUACCAUCCUAAAAAUAGUUCAGUGGAAUCAAGUUUAACGUGUAAUGAGAACGGUCGAAGCGGUCUUGGAAGCGAUCUUCCACACUGGUUCAGAAAACCAACUCGCGACGUGGUUUUGAAGAUCGCUUUGCCUUGUUAAUCUGGUUUUAACAUAAGUGAGGACACAACCGUUCUUUGGGGAGCGUUCUUCGCACAUAUUGAGCACGCUUCUCCACACACUGUGUGUAGAAUGUCUACGCUGCGUUUCGAAUUUUGCGCAAAACAUGUCACCCCCCACUGAGAGCAUUCCCAUAGCAACAAGUCCACUUCUCUCAAUUCCAUGUAUAUUUUGAUAACCACUUUUGGCUAAUCAAAUGGAAACGCUAGCAAAGCGAUCUUCCAAACUAGUUUCCUGAACCGAUUACCAGUAAACUAGAUUUAGAAAGUAUAGUGAGAACGGAGUCCUAGCUUACAUCACUGUAAAAUACAAGAUUGUAUAGAGUACAGAAGUGUGACCUCAUCAAUUUUCACUUUUUGCAUUUCAGCGCUUUUUAUACCAUAUUUUGGUAGAGCAUUAUGAAAACCCCCCACAUCCCAAACAUGGUGGGUGGGGGCCUUGGCUAUGACCUCAUGAAUUCAUAAUUAGCCCCACCGAAGUCUAUGUAUUAUUGACCUGGGGUGGUAUUCUGAGAUCCAUUUUAUCUCAGAUAAAAUAAAAUAUUUUAUCUCCGUUAAAAUCAGUGAGAUAAAAUACCCUUAAAAUCUCUCCGAAUUGGUAUUCUGAGAACAAUUUUAUCUCCAUUUUAUCUCUGUAAGACACACCUAUUUUUUAAUCAAUAUCCAAUUAGAAACGCGCUUUUAUAGCUCUCUCAUAUCACUCAACCAAUGGAAAUCCAUUCCGCUAGGAGGUGUGGCGAAGGAGUGAGAUUGCGUAAAUUUAUUGACUUCAAUACGCUUGCACUAUACGCCUGCGCGUCUUUACAGAGAUUUCUUUUUAACAAAAAUGGCAAUACUCUCAUCUUUUUUUCGAAGUCUAUAUCGCAUCUUUUCAAGCAUCAUUUCAAAGACAAUAUUAGUCAAGGAAAGUCUUAUGAAAUACUUCCUGAUUGUACAGGAAUAACUUUAAGGUGCUGUUCUCAAUGAAUAUAUAAUUUUUCUUAAUUUUCAUGCCAACAUUUGGAGUUAAUUCACCUAAAAAUAUUGACGAAAUCAACGUCUUGGAGAUAAAAUAGCCCUUACUCUCUUUUAAGUUUAUUUUAUUUUUUUCUUCAAAGUAACUUGGGCGCAAGCACAUCACCCGCGUUGCAAUGGCCAGAUACGCGAUGGGUAUGUCUACGCAGCCACUGCUCUGUUGCGUAUCAUCAUAGAUACGCAAGAUAAAAUUUAUACUCAAGAUAAAAUUUUAGAUUUUAUCUGAGAGAAAAAAUGUAAUCUCAGAAUACCAAUUUCAUUUUUAGAGAUAAAAUAAAAUAUUUUAAAGUUAAAAUGACCUCAGAAUACCGCCCCUGGUUCUAAAAGUAAGGAACUAGGCCAAUAAUACAUUGACUACAAUAGGGUUAAUUAUGUAUUCAGGUCAUAUCUCAGGACCCCGUGGACUGAUUUUCACCAAAUUCUGAUAGUGGGGGUUUUUCAUC